GUUCAAAUAAAAUUUAGUCCCACCGGUAAAUUGAUUCUCGUCUUUUUAAGCUUGCCUGGUUUUGGCAUUUAAUUGCUUUCUGGGUAUGUGUGUGUAUAAAUUCCAGAUGUUUUGAUGGCUUCUUUCUUCUCCCUCCAUUGUUAGACCUUGGAAACCCGACCCCCCGCCCAAGCCUCUCCUGUCGAUAUAUAUAUAUAUAUAUAUAUUUCUUGCUCUUCUUCUUUAUGCGAAGUGAAACUCAUGGGUGAUCAGAUCUCAGGAGUUAACGGUAACCAUGAAAGGGCUUUGAACAUCAAAGAUGAUGAAACUAAUUCGUCCCAAACCAAUGAAUUAGACUCCGGCGCCACCUGCUCUCUCUCUGUACCUUUCGCCCAAAAGUUGAUAGCGGAAGUGUUGGGCACCUACUUUGUGGUGUUUGCCGGCUGUGGGGCGGUGGUGGUGAACUUGGACAGUGACAAGGCGGUGAGUUUUCCGGGAAUAUCCAUAGUGUGGGGGCUGGUGGUGAUGGUGAUGGUGUAUUCCGUCGGCCACAUCUCAGGCGCCCACUUUAACCCCGCCGUCACCCUUGCUUUCGCCACCUGCAAGCGCUUCCCCUGGAAGCAGGUACCAACUUAUAUAUUCGCACAAGUGCUUGGAUCAACGCUAGCGAGCGGAACCCUUCGCUUGAUCUUCAAUGGAGAGCAAGACCACUUUGCAGGAACACUUCCGGCUGGCUCCGACGCCCAAUCUUUCGUCCUAGAAUUCAUUAUCACAUUCUACCUCAUGUUUGUCAUCUCCGGCGUUGCAACCGAUAACCGAGCUAUAGGAGAACUUGCUGGGCUUGCUGUUGGAGCUACCGUUUUGCUCAAUGUGAUGUUUGCAGGGCCUAUAUCAGGCGCAUCAAUGAAUCCAGCAAGGAGUUUGGGGCCAGCGAUUGUGUCAAACCAUUACAAGGGAAUAUGGAUAUAUAUAGUGGCACCCACUUCCGGGGCCAUUUCUGGAGCCUGGGUCUACAAUAUCAUCAGGUUCACGGAGAAGCCACUGCGUGAAAUCACUAAGAGUGGGUCUUUUCUCAAAAGCUUUGGCCGCAGUUUUAGUUCCAAGUAACAGACACAGUCCCCAAUACUUGUAUCAUUUGCAUUUAUUUACAUUGAAAGCAAGAAACUUGUAAUUGAAGUCUCACAAGAUACAAAGGACUGUUUCCAUAAAUGAAUGUGUUGUGAUAUAACUAAGAGGUUUUGGCAGAAAGAACCCACAA